GAUUAACAGAAGACAAAAUUGUGCGAUUAAAAAAAGUGCAGGCUCACGCUCAGGGGCAACUGGAGCAGUUUGAGCAGCAGCAACAACAUCCACAUCCACAUCCAGAACAGCCGCAGCAGCAGCAGCAGCAGCAUCAGCAUCACCACUUGCAGCAGCAGCAGCAGCAGCAACAGUUACACGAACACUAUAGCAAUCACUUUAAUAACAGCAACAGCAACACCAACACCAACAGCAAUCAUUUUAACAACACCAACAGCAACACCAACAACAACUACAAAAUGCAUCUUACAACAACCACCAGCAAUUCGACGGCAUCCAAUGCCAACAACAACAACAACAAUUCAACAACCAACAACAACAAUAACAACACAGCAACAAACAACAACAACAGCUCAACGGCGAACAACAACACGAGUAACACCAAUGGCUCCAACAACACCAACAACAACACGGAGCAAAACACACCACCAACACCCGCCCAAUUAUUGAACGAGGCAUACACCAAAAUGACCUCGGACAUCCUGGCCGAGCGCACACUCGGCGACUUCCUCACCGAACACCCCGGCGAGCUGAUCCGCACGAGCAGUCCGCUCUUCGUCUGCACCGUCCUGCCGCCGCACUGGCGCUCCAACAAGACACUGCCGGUUGCCUUCAAGGUGGUGUCGCUGGGCGACAUCAUGGACGGCACCAUGGUCACGGUGCGGGCCGGCAACGAUGAGAACUACUGCGCCGAGCUGCGCAACUGUACGGCGGUGAUGAAGAACCAGGUGGCCAAAUUCAAUGAUCUCCGAUUUGUGGGCAGGAGUGGCAGAGGGAAAAGCUUCACGCUCACCAUCACCGUGUCAACGAAUCCACCGCAUAUAGCCACCUACAACAAGGCCAUCAAAGUGACUGUCGACGGGCCACGCGAGCCCCGCUCCAAGACAAUGCUAUCCCUUUUAGGACAACAACAGCAGUUCCACUUUGCCUUCGGCCAGCGACCAUUCCACUUCUCAACGGAUCCCCUAUCCGGCUUCCGUAUGCCGCCCAUUGGCAACUGUCAGAGUGCCAGCAACACGCAUUGGGGCUAUGGAUCAGCAGCAUCUGCCUACUCCCCGUACUUGGCCAGCAGCGGACUCUCCUCCUGCACUACACCCACGUCGGCACAGUUCAACAAUCCAGCGCUGGGAUUCACCUGCUCCUCGAAUGAUCAGAGCAACAACCAGGACUUUGGCGGCGCCACCAAUCGCGACUGUGUGCCAAUGCUGCCCGAUUCGACGGCCAGUGACCUGGACCAGCAUCUGAGCAGCCUCGUCGGCUCCACCAGUGGCCAGAUGACGCACCACAGCCUCCUGGGCGCCACCGGCCAAACGUCCAUCUCCUCGACUGUGAAUGGAGCGAGUGCCGGCAGUGCUGGCGCCGGGGGCACUGGCGCUGGAGGAGCCGGCAGCGGGGGUGCUGGUGGCAACUCGAUUCUGGUGCCGCGCUACCACACCAAUGCCAGCAACGACUACAACGUCCACUCCAGCCAGAACGGGCCGCGCAGCCUGAGUGACAGCUCCCAGGCCGAGUCGCCGGUUCAGGAGGAUCUGCUCUCGACGAACACCCCCAAUCUGGGCAGCGGCACCGGCGGCGGCACGGCCAACGGAGGGGCGGCCAAUGGCGGUGCAGCGGCUGGAGCGGGCGCCGGCAGUGCCGCCUCAGCGGGUGCCGCCGCAGCAGUGGGCGUGGGCAACCCAGGAGCCAUGCUCGGCGCCAAUCAGAAUUUCCCGGGCAUCGUUAACCAGGCGCAGCAUGCCUCGGCAUCGGCCUACGGCGGCGGUGCCGGAGUGGGUGGUGGCCAUGGCAGCGCUGCAGCAGCCGCGGCCGGAUGCAAUGGAUCGCUGUACCCGGUCCUGCCCGCCAGCCUCCUCUACUCGCAGCUGUACACGGCGGCCAAUCAGUCGGCCCACGGCUUCCACUCACACACGCUGCCGGCCCACGCCUCGCCCAACUCCUCGGUGCACGGGGAGCUCCAGAGUGUGAUGGAUCACAUCAGCAAUGUGGGUGUGCGCCAGCAGCACAACAUCAUGGCCGGCGGUGGGGUAACUCAUCCGGGCGACCUCACGCUGAUCGGCAACUGUGGGGCGUCGGUGAGGAAUAUCGAGGACGGUAACAGCAAUCGUCAGGUGGCCGCCUUAGCUGCCCAUCGCGGCCACCACAAUCCCACUGACAAUGGGGGCAGCGUGUGGAGGCCAUAUUGAGGUCAGGUUCUGUGGUGCGGCUCUGCGGUUCUAUAGUGCGAGGGGCGCGCAGCGGAGACGCAGCACGAGGAGCAGGGGUAUGGGUACGGAUACGGGUAUGGGUAUGGGUAUGGUCUGGGUAAUGGCUGCCUCGGCGGCUUCUGAAUGUACAUACGAGUACAUAUGUGUG